AUAUAACAUUUACCGUAUAUAAUUAUUUACCCACAUAUAUUGUCUACAUAUAUUUUUUUGUAUAAUAAAUAAAUACCAAGCUAUUUUUUUUAUUAAAUAUUUAUAGUCUUAUUUUAUACAUCUUAUUUAUUGUAAAUAUAACUAUGAAUAGUAAUGAUCAACAAGCUGAAUUUCCUAUAAUUAUAAACUUGAAAGAAAAUACAAUUGAUGAAGAAAAUACUGAUGAAGAAGAAAAACAUACUAGCAAUACUGAACAAGGGCAAUAUAACUAUAUAGAAGAAGCAUUUGAUAUACCACAAACAGCAAAUGAUGAUUAUUUAACAUUCGAUUUAGCUCAGCAAGAUGAUGAAGCCUUUCAUUUGGCAAACAGGACAUUUUAUACAACAUGUCAUAAAAUCUCCCGUCAAAACAGCCCUUCUUAUCGAAAAAAUCCUCCUUACAGCUUUUUGGAAAAUUGGUUAAUACAUUGCGUAUUUAGUAAAUCUCAACAAAUUCUUUUAAGAUUCCCUAUUAUUCAACCCAAAGUUAUGAUAACCGAAGGCGAUUUUAUUUAUACUCCUCAUCAAAUGGCAACACAUGAACCACAGCAAUCAAUGAACUAUGAUUAUGAUGAAGAGGAUUAUGAUUAUGAUGAUACAUUUAUUAUAGGUGAUGAAGGUGUCUUAGUAAUGGCUGCUUCUGCACCGGAUGCUUCAGAAUUCAUGACGCUUGAUGAUGAAGAUGAUGAUAAAAGAAUGCAAUCUUAUGUUAUAGAUGAAAAUAUGUGGAUGAGUCAUGGUCGUUAUAAUUCAACAGGUCUUACACUUCAUGUUGUGAAUCCUGAUGAAGAUGAACAAAAAGAUGUUCAGAAUCAAUCCAUCUUGAAUCAUUCUACUGAAACUAUGCCUAUUGCGCACCGUACCAGUAAUUCAUUUCAAAAUCAACUUCAAGUAGUAAAGGAAGAAGAUGAAGAGACAGAAGAAAUUUUUGAUAUACAAAAGCAAGAAGCAUCACAAAGACAAAUAAUGUCUGCUGAUAUUAUUCAGAGGUAUCGAUCUACUGAGAUGCAAUACAUUGCUGCUAAUACUCCAAAGUUAAUAUACAGUAAUACUGCUACCACUUCCCUGGAUAAUUCAACUUUAUUAACAAUGAAUGAUGAGCAAUUAAAUCCAAAUGAUAACAAUAGUGAUUGUAGUAGUGAUCAUAGUAACCUUAGUAGUGACUCUAGCUCUUGUAGUUAUUCAAAACCUCUUCAAAAUACAACAACAUAUUAUUUUGAUGAUGAAAAGUCUACAAUGACAUCUCAUCAUUCCGCUUCAUCAUCGUAUCAGUCACUAGCAGAUAUUAUUGAUAGACGCGUUCAAAACAAUCUUGGAUCAUCGUAUGGCACCUUACCAAACAGUCAACAAAACGCUAUAGAAGAUCAACUAUCACCUUUAAUGCAGAUAUCUUUUUGCCUAGUUGAUACUACAUGGAUGGCUUUAAAUCUUGCUCAUUCAUACUCAGAAGACGAGGCAAAAAGCGCAAUGGGUUUUAUAUCUUGUAUGUUUAAAAUUUGGAAAAUUUUGUUCUUGGGAGUUGAAAUGAUGUUAGGAUGGGGAAAAAAUAAGCGCUAUGAGGUUGUUUAGGCAUUCUAAUUUUAUUAGAUUCGUGUUUUCUUUUUUUCUUUUUUUUUU